GAGCAGGGAUGUAAGUUAGACAAGAAUAUCUCUGAUUGAGUGAUUGAGGUGUUGUGUUGCUGGAUGUAAUAAUGAACAUAGUGGUCGUCAUUUACUCCCGACAUCUGAGCCGCUGAAGAUGCAGUAGAUUACGUUUGUUUGAUGGGAAUGCACCUCCCGAUCUACAUAUAUCCAUCUAUGUUCACGCAAAUCAUUCAUGAUCCAGCUUCACUUACAGCAGAAGCUAUGUGGCUGUAAUCUCACUGCUGAAUCCUGUGAGAGUUUGUCAUCAGCUCUACAAUCCUCAAACUCUGUCCUGAAAGAGCUGGACCUGAGUAACAAUGACCUGCAGGAUUCAGGAGUGAAUCUCCUUUCUGAUGGACUGAAGAGAAACUGUCAGCUGGAGAUACUGAGACUUUCCAUAUGUAAUCUCACUGCUCGAUCCUGUGAGAGUUUGUCAUCAGUUUUACAAUCCUCAAACUCCCGUCUGAAAGAGCUGGACCUGAGUAACAAUGACCUGCAGGAUUCAGGAGUGAAUCUCCUUUCUGAUGGACUGAAGAGUCCAAACUGUCAGCUGGAGAUACUGAGGUAAACUGUUUUCCAUAAAAUAAUUAACAACAUGCUACCACGUUUUGUUUGAGAGUGAAUCAUGACACUCUGUUCAUUAACACAGUAAAUUCUGCUUCACACGGUCUCUGUUUCAUGCAAGUGCUGUGAGUUUAAAUCAACAUGGAUAAAUGUGGAUUUGAAAAUGUGAAAUGCCCCAAACAUCUUCCCAAAUCUGUAAUGAGAAUUGUUAUAGAUCUGUUAAAACAACAAGAAGCUUUAACAUUUAGAUAUUAAGAUAGACAUCAAUAUUAGUAUUGUAAUUUUACUGUCAGUCACUGUUCAUUUUGACAGCAAAUUUUAAUUUAGUCUUAGUCAUAGUCUUUUGACUAAAACUAAAACAAUUCAGAUGACUAGAAUAUGACUAAACUAAAAGGCAUUUUAGUCAAGUUUUAGUUGAGUAAAUAUCAUAAGAUUUUAGUCGACUAUAUCUACAGUAGAUUUAGUUGGCUAAAAUCGAAUGGGUUUAGUUACAGUGUAAUGCAUUUAUUAAGCAUUUGUCUAAAAUGACCAAACUCUUUGUAUAGGUUUGAUAUUAAGGUUUUAUCAUGACAGACAGAGUUAACUGCAGUGACACACAACAUGCAUUAAUCAGUCCCUCCAGGAUUUGGCGAUUCAAAUGUCUGAUUUUGUGGUGGUAAUUUCCAACAAUUUGCACAAAAUUUGCGAUGUUUUUUUAUAAUUAUGAUAGCACAUUAACCAGAUUGUAUUAUGUUAGUUUCACAAUAGUCUUAAAUGACAUAAAGAACAAACAAAAUGUAUGACGUUUGUUUAUUUUGCUAAGAAACAAAUGACAACAGGACAAAUAAGUACAAUAUAAAGGUAGAUAAAAACUAUUAUUUUUGCUGCUGCUGCUACUGUUGUUUCAUGAAUUUUAAGAAACCACAGUAGACUUACAGCAGGAUCUCCAACCUCUUUUACACCACGGACCGGUUACGGUUUGAAAAUAUUUUCAUGAACCACAAUGGAUUAUAGGCUUGAAAUUAAAAUUAUUAAGACUAUUAGACAGUUAUAUACCAUUAUCAGCACAUGUUGAAG